AUGAAAUUCGUUUUAAUUGUGUUUUUAGCAUUUGCAUAUGCUAAAGUAGGAUGUGAUACUGAUAACAAGGAAAGAGUAAAGGAAAGAGGGAUGUCUAAAAAGAAGGAGGAUGAGUUAUUGGAAUUGCAUAAUGAACAUAGAAAUGAUGUAGCUUUGGGGAAAUAAAAGAAUUGGUAAGGGAAAUUUUAGACAGCAUCAAAUAUGAAUUAUGUGAAAUGGGAUGAUCAAUUGGCUAGAUUUGCACAAGAAUGUGCAGAUAAAUGUCCAGCCAAUUUUAGAAUUGAUUGUUCUUUCCCUCCUCAAUAUGGCUCUGUGACAUAUUCAGGUGAUGUUGAAAAUGGUGGUGCUGAUUGGACUGUUAAAAGAGUUUUCAAGAAAUGGGCUCAACAUGAAGAUCAUGCUAGACAAAUUGAAACGGCUCAGAUCCAAUUCUUUGGGUGUGGAAGAUCAUAAGUAAGUAGAAAGAAUGGUAUGAGUGAUGAGAUUGUCGUUUGUGUUUACAAUAGGGUAAUAUAUCACCGUAUCUUAGAAACCAAAUUUACAUGGAGAUGUCUAUAAAGCAGGAGUUUCAGGCUAAGAAUGCUUACACGGACGUAAAAAGGGAUAUCUAGGUUUAUGCAAACAUAGUGCUACUGAUAUGAGUGUUUUAAAUUUCAAACAUUAGAAAAAGCACAAUGAAUAUAAGUUUCAUCAAUAAGAUGUUAAACAUCACAAAGGUCAUAAGCAUCAUAAGAAUAAUGAAGGACAUAAAAAAUUUUAUUGAAC